AUGAAUUCGACUCUUCCCCCGGAUCCGUACAAGCUGCUCGGAGUGACGAAGGACGCCAAACUACCAGAGAUCCGGAGCGCUCACCGGAAACUGGUCCUCAAAUGCCAUCCAGAUAAGGUGCAGGACGCCGCUCUUAAGGCUAUCAAACAAGAUGAGUUCCAGAAGGUGCAACAAGCAUACGAACUGCUCAGCGACAAUGCGAGGAGGCUACAAUACGAUGAACAGGUCAAGCUGUUUGAGUUGCGGAAAGAGAUGGGACGUGGCAACCCGACGCCCAGGAGCAAUCCGUUCGAGUAUGAAGUCAAGACUGCGGAGCCUCGAGCGAAUUCCUACGGACGCCCCAAGGUUUAUUCACAUCCUACAUCUGUACCGAGAUCGAAUGAGGAGGUGUACGAGGACAGACAUAUGCCCAGGAAAUCUGCGAGCAAUGAGUCCGCGUCGGAUCGCAAACGUGCUGCGAUGAAGGAAGAAGAACUGCGAUACCGUGAAGCAGCCGCCCGGAAGAUGGAAGAUGAGAGACUGAGGCAAAAGGAGAGAGAACGAGAAACAGCGAAGAGAGCCCAUAGGGAGAAGAAGAAGUCCAGUGACAAGGACAGGAGGAAAGGCACUGAGGAGAAGGUACGAUCUCGACAUGCCACCUAUGUCGAGGACGAUUCUUCAGACGAAGAAAUCCGUCGACUUUCAACUAGAGCCGAGACUCUACGUAGUGCAGAACGAGAGAGGAAGCAGAGACAAAGGAUUGAAGAAGAGAUCAGAAUUCGCGAGGAGAGUGCUCGUGCUGCCGAAGCCGCCGCUGCUCGCCAUGCGCAAGAACAUCAACGACCCAAGGAGGCUCCCAUGAACGAGAAAUGGAACGAACACAAGCAGUUUGCAGGUGCAUAUAUGCUGGCUGCCCGCCGAAAGGUUGCACCAGUGGAUACCGACCUUUCAGGACAUCCAGGAAUGCCGCGAAGAGCUGAGACGUUCUCCGCUUCUUCGACGCCUGCUUAUGUACGAUACACAACAACUCAACAGCCACAAUAUAGUGACGAAGACAUGCCCAAGCGAUCAUCCGCGGGACGAAAAGAGUCAAGUAGAAGAUCCUCGGAAACACCAGCUGCACGAACGGAGAAAUCAUCGAGAAGAAGAUCACCACCAGCACCAACCAGCGAUCCUUAUAUCGUUGAGCCGCCCUCGCCCACAACUGCUCCGAGAAAGCCACCUCUCCAGACUUACACCUCGGCGCCUCCAGUCUUCACACGAGAACAGCCCAGUCGAUCAAAGACUCAAGAUUAUCCUCGGAAAGAAGCUGCAAUGCCCCCUCUCCCAAGAGCUGCAACCUUCCAAUCUGGGGAUCGUUCCAGAGCCAGUGGUAGCAGCAAGCUCAGACAGCAGUACACCUCAGACUCAGAGCCCGACUCUCCUGUAUAUCAACAGUCUUCCCGACCUCGCAGUCCUCCACCAACUCGUCGAAGCGAACCAACUCGCUAUAUCGUCGAGAAUGGUAAGACCGUCCCUGUUCAAACAUCUCGUCCUCACCGCUCCGAGAUGCGGGAAGAAUACCCUCAAGACCGUAGCGAGUCUCCACGUGGUACACCUGCGAGACCUCCUCUUGCUCGGAAUCCACCCAGCAGUGAGCGACCUCGAGCAAAUCGCACUCAAUCAACGACUUACUACCAAUCCGAACCUGAACCGAUUGUGCUCACUGCACGACCGAAGUUUGAAGGAAGUGGUCAGAGAGGAAGCUCGCGAGGCCCAGCUGGAGGAGCGUAUUUUGACAACGUUCAAUAUGGAACCAAAUAUCAGCCUGAGCAUGUUAUCUAUUCGAACCACGCCGCCGGACUCCAAGACUAUGCACGCCGAGGUAGCGACGGACGAGACAGAGACUACUACUCUCGAGGAACACCUCUCUACACUUGA